CUACAACUAGACGGGGAUAGACUUCCCAACCUCAUUUCCUUUGUUUAUAUGUUUCUUUCUGAUUCGGUUUGCAGUCGCUGCAAUGAUUGGCCCGUAGGUUCGGAGCCAGAAUGAGCCCCCCAUUUUUAACCAGCGAGAUUAUUUGUGUUUUAAUCAGUGUUUUUGUAAAUUGAUCUAACUAUGCGGGAUGAACAAGUCGAAUUGUUAAGAGUCCACAAAGACAGGUUGCUGCGACUCACCGAGCUGCAGUCUUUGGCCAAAAGCCUCCAGGACUGUACGAUUUUCACGGAAACUGAGGUGCGCAACCUUUUUGCAAGUCGCGAUGAACGCUACAACAAAAUCAGAUUCCUCGACGCCCUUAUCGAUAAGGAAGAGGCUGCUUACAACUAUUUGGUUGAUUGGCUAACCACGAUAGGCCAGUCUGAACUGGCCCGAACACUCGCCGCAGAGAAGUCCGGAAUAACACCGUUUGGAACGCCUCUUUACGAAGACAAUGACGAGGACACUGAGGACGACAUCAACUCAUCUAUUGAGUCGGAGGUGUUUUCACCAGUUAAUCACAGCCGGAUCCCGUUGACCAUUAAAGUGGAACUUGCCACAAAGUUCCUGGACACUUCUCAACACAACCCAAAUAUUCCCUACUAUGAAUGCAGAUCGAAGAACAGGGGAAACGUCCUAAUUAUUAACAAUCACAACUUUACGCAUGAACGACAUAAACCCCGAAAGGGGGCCAAAGUUGAUGAGGACAAUUUGACUGAGCUGUUCACGCAAAUGGGUGGCUGGAUUAUCCAGACGGAGAGUAACUUGACAGCCGCCGAAAUGCAGGAUGUGUUGAAGCAGUUCGCACAACCGGAUCGGGAGAGCCCUCCCGACGCCUGUUUCAUUUUCAUAAUGAGCCAUGGCGAAGACAAGCUGAAUGAAACGAUCAUUUAUGGCACUGAUGGCCACUACUUAACGACCAGCGCCAUUCAAACCUACUUUACCAAUGAAAAUUGCUCAAUGUUCCGUGGAAAACCCAAGGUGUUCAUCUACCAGGUGUGCAGAGGCAAUGAGUUGGAUUUGCCCCGGAGAUACAGUACGGAGUUUGAUGGGCGUCGCAAGACUUCGUCGCCGCCUUCUGAGCCGAUCGAGACCAGAAACGAGCCGGUUUUCGAGCACUUUCGUCCCGUUGAAGACAUGCUGAUCGGACAUGCAACGAUGCAGGGCUCCAAGGCGCAUCGGGAUCCAUUUAGAGGCACCUGGUAUAUCGAACUCAUCUGCGAGCACUUCAUGAAGUUGGCCAAGGAUGAGUCCGUGGUGGAUCUACUGGUUAAAGUAGACGAAGGGCUGCGCAGGCGUAUGUCAGAGAUUGGCACGGUGCAAACCUCUGAGCACACCUCAAAGGGUUUCAAGAAGCUCUACUUGAAUCCGGGGAUAUUUGAGGAAAAUGGCAACCUGGUCAAGUUUACUGCCAAAUAAAGUUAUGUGAUAUAUAUUUAAAGGAAUUGGCCUGGACAUGGCCGUUGUCAGUUUUAUUGUAGGAAGCUGCUUUUCUAUUUGCCUUACCGAUCAAGUUUGCGUGUCCCUGUCCAAUUCGUCCGGUCUCAAAUUAGAUAGGAAGAAAAUAAAUAUAAGAUUCUUUCUGUACGAUUGUUCCGCACAAAAUUGAUCGAUAGACAAUAGGCUUUUAUGGGGGUUUUUACCAGUGCAACCGCGAUUCUGUUUUUUUCAUGUUUGUUUGCUAAGUGUGAUUGCAAAAUUCGGUUGAAAACGGUUUUCCUAAAUUGUAAGUAAGCACAGUUCUCUGCCCACUCAGAUUAGAACUUUUUGACGGCCCUGAUGGUACUGACCGCGUCAUUGUUCUUCAGUUCCCCUUGGUUGAGUCUAGGCCUGGGUAACACUGUGUUGAUGCCGCUCUGUGCGUCCAUGCGCUAUAACACCGCGCGUCUUGCGGACCGACACCUUCAAUAAAACUUAGAUUUAACCUCAUUCAAGAUGGCAGACUUGGCCAGAAAAACUGUUACUUCAAGGAUUUCCGACACCGGUCAGAGCAUUCAAAUAUUCGGAUCUUUUCUCCGAAAAGUCUCAAGAAGAAAAUAUGUUCCGAUUUAAUUUAUUCGAUUCUUCAGUAAAACCAAAAAAAAGAGAUUGAACGCGCUGAUAACACAAGACCCUCUGUUAUCUACCAACACAUUUAUCGUAUGUAUUUACUGCAUCCGUGUGCGGUAGUGCGUCAACACCUCAAAAUCCACUGUGUUAGCCACGCCUAGUUGAGUCAAAUGAAAACUGUGCUGUUAGUAAAAUUGUGAAAUUCUUAUUCAAAAUUCUUACCAUUUAGCUAUCGCAAAUUCUGAUUCGUUUAACCUCAAAACCGCAGCCGUUUCAAACGAAUGAACUGCUUGCACCGGCGUCGUUUUCCAUGGAAUAUUGUCUACCGAUUUAACAAAAAAAGACAAAAUAGUUUAAGUUUAAAGGGGCAACUGCUUGGGGAUUCUCACUAUCAACCGCGGACAUUCCCUGAGUUUUGCAUUUCAAAUUAAGUUGCAAUCGGCCCUGGUAUGCUAUGGCAACACCCAGUUAAUUCCAUGGCGACCGCUUGCUCUGUCUCGCUCCUGGGCGCAGGGUUGAAUGUGGCCGACUCGCUUUAAAAAGGCCACCUGUGCGCUACGGGGGGGCAGUCAAUAGUUUAAUAGUGUGUUGCUCAAAACCCCAAUGUUGCCUCUUUGAACAGAGCCCAAGUGGCGUUUUACUUAUGCUCAAUAUGUGUCAUUCUAUUAUGUAAUUUAGUUUGUUUUUUUACAGUUUUAUACAUUGUAGAUGCAUAGUGAGAGCGAUUGUUUGUAAGUGUGGCCAAUGCAUAUCAUCUUAACAUCUGUUGUGCUCAAUUAAGCUGGAUUUCCUGAUAUUUUCACUGCCUUCUUACCCGGUUGUGAGUCAAGUUGGCUUCACAUGAUCGCUCUUACUGCGCAACUCUUUAGUGGAUUUUCGUUUAAGUUUCCAUCAGUAAUGGAAAGGGCGCACUCAGGUAGCAAACUGCCGUCAUUGACGUCACUUUUUGGGCAGCUAAUGUCCGACUGACGUUAAAUUGCCGUUGGUUUAACGUCACAGGUUAAAUGACGUCGGAAUGAACGUCUUGUUGACGUGCUUUAGACCUAAAAUAUUACGGUUUUCUUUUUUGAUCGGUUUUCAUAUUUGACAAAAAACACUGAUUCUAAAGUAUACAUGCUUUAUUGCAAAAAAAACUAAAACAGUGGACAAAUUGCAACUUUGGAAGGCGCAUUUUUUUCGUUAAUCUUUAUAUGGUGGUUGACUUAGUUGAUUUUCCUCUUCUUCUGUAACUCUUUUCUUCUAUGCAUUUUGCAACUUACAUGGAACUGCACAUGUAAGUGCAAAUAGACUACAAAUUCGACGUCAGAAAAUGACGCCUCAUGUACGUCAUUUCCGCGAGCGUGUUCGUAAACGGGAUCUGUCAGGUGUCACUCUGUUAAUGAUACAGUCGUUCUUUUCAUCACACAAGCGAGUGUCUCUUUCCUUCUCUAAGGUCGUUUCUUUUGGAACGCCCCGACAGAAUGCACUCCUGGUCAAAGUUGAUGACCAAAAUAUGACCUGAUAUUCACGACAGUGAACGUCAUCUUGCUACCUGGGCAGCCAUUAAAUGUGAAUGAUUUAAUAUAAUUUUAUAGGAAAUUCUUUAUAUGUAUAGCUACAAAUCUAUUUUUGUAUCUAUAUACGAUAUAUAGCGAAAAUUAUACAUGUAUAUCUGAUUAAAAAAGCCUUGUAAAUGCUUUUUACACGCA